AUGUCCUUUGAAGCUCGAUACGCUCUCGAAGCUAGCGAAAAUUCUACGGGCUUGUCUCAGCAGGAUGGUAUCUUUAGUACUACGAGUGAUGGAAAGCAGGCCAGGUCAAGGCUUUUAAGUAGAAAACGGUCGACAUAUGCUGACCUUCUAGAGGCGUCUCCGGAGAACACAAUGCGUCUGGACUCGAUUUCGCAUAUGCUAGAGGAAUCCGUUGAGUCCAAGUACGGUUCAGAGCCCACUUCUGGGUCAGUAGUAAUUUCCCACCCCAGCUAUUCUCGAACUAAAACGCAUCGCAUUCUCGACUUAUCCCAACUCCCGGCAUCAUCUCUUACUGGCAUGGAUACACCUCCAAGGCAUUACGGGGAGGACUCUGAUGGGGUUCAGAUGGAUGAGCAUUCAGGCAACGCUGCUGGGGCCCAUGCUGCGCACCAUGCAGUUAGGGAUAGCCUCAUAAAAACAAACUAUCUGACAGAUCUCCUUGAGGCAGAUUCUGGGGCAACAGGGGGUAGUUUGUACGGCGGAAAGAGUGACAUAUCUCCAGAGGUUUCAUUGUCUCUGCACAAAUCUGACUCUAGAUGCAUGGAUAACGUGAUAAGCACUGGACCUGGCCUUGCUGCCGUCACCAUAGACACGCUGACCAAGGAUACAAGGCCCAAGCCUACAGCAAACACACUCAACCUUCCUCCAUCAGGAAGGUCGUCUGCCAAUACACCUGGGUCCUAUCUGGGGCAGGAUCACGUCCCUGACCUGCGUGGGCCUUUAGCUGCUCCACACCAAAUUCAUGGCACUGGCCUGCAAACAAAACGGCCCAACGCGACCAAUGAAGUCGAUGAGAUAGUGCCAAGUGAAAAGGUCACUGGAAACGCCGAUCUCAUUCUCGAAAUGGAACUCUAUGGGACAACGAAUGAUCUUGGACGUUCCUUUAAACCAUAUCCCAAAUUUUCUGCGCUCUCAGACCACUUAUCUGCUCCACUCUACGAGAAAAUAGCAGAUACCUCGGAGAGAAAUAGGAAUUAUUGCCUCAUAGAAGAUACGCAAACUGCUCCACUGCCAGACCGCAACGAGCAACAUGAAAUGAUCGGCAGUGGUCUGGCCAGUAUUCUUGAUCACGGUGUCGAGAUACAUCCUACACAAUCUCAGAUAGGCCAGGUGACACAGUUCCUUGAGGGAAAGAAUCCCGGAUCCUCUUAUGGAAUGCUGCACGAGAGUCUGGGGGACAUUACAGAGGAAGGUAGUAGCCCGCAUUCCAUGGGCACUCCCCUGCUGCGCCCGCACAAUCGACCAUCGUCUGCUAGUAUGACUCACUAUCCUGGCCACUCUGUCAACCGCACUCAGUCCACUGGAGAUCUAGGCUCUACGUCUUUUACUGGGUACCAACCUCUUCCAGAGCUGCCUUCGACUCUUAGCCAAGGCAUCAAUAACUUCGUCUUCCCUCAGUCCUAUGACUACUAUUCUCAUCCAGUUUACUCGCAAAGCCCACAGAACAAGCCCACAGCAAAUCCAUUUUCUCCGCGAACAUCAGCAGUGUCAGCAAUGGCAACAGCCCCGGAUGUUUAUAAGAUGACGGAUUUAAUAGAGGAUGAAACAGCUCCCACUAUCCACAAGCCGAAAAGAGGCAGAUCUGCUAGCAAGCAAUCUAGAAAGUUUAGCUCUCCCGUUUGCUCACGUGCCUCCUCUCGUUCACGACUUCAUCAAGUUUCUCAGAGUGGUGUACGGGGAGGCGCCACCCACACUCUAGCCUCUUCAAUUAUUUCUGGAAUAGGCAGUGCUGGUUCUACCAAUGGACUUCGAAAAUCACAUGCUUCGUCACGGAGAGGAGAUAGUAAUUCGCAUCGACACACCAGUACUCAUUUGUCAGUUAGUUCAUCGUUCACAAAACUAAAUGCUUCUAAGAGCGGAAAGUCAUUGAAAAAGAGCACAACUGGGGGCAAAUCUUCGAGCAAAAAACGAGCAGGAAGUCACAGAGCGUCAAUGGGAAAGUCUAAAUCUCCUUUAAGAAAGCCAUCUACGUCCAAGCGGGUUGCACGGUCGACAAGUACGACGACAGGGUAUGCUAGCAAGCAGACAAGUAUGAUGUCAGAGAGUGCAAAUACUUCAAUGACAGAUGUAGAAGCCAGCCCUGUAUACAGCGCUUCCUCAACUACGCAUCACCAGUACACCAAGUAUGACGUGGGGCAGCCGAAAAGCCCUCAGACUGUGAUUAAGUUCCCGAAGGCCUCGCCGCAUGUCACUAAUCCAGAGGGAAUGAGUUACAACUAUGUUCCAAAGAAUAACGACAGCUGGCCAAUGAUUCCACAGCAGAAGGUGUACGCGCAAAGCGCUGUGGGUACAGUGAUGGGCACUGAACCCAUGUUUCCGCCUAGAUCGUUAAACCAGAUGCAACAAACCAGAGCCAAAGAUGCAGCUCACUCAGACAAUGGGGAAACUUGUACGCAAGGAAGCUCUAGGCAGCGUCAACGACCUCUUUCCGCUAGCAAGUCUAAGCCGAAGGGUCGGAUCAACAGCCGUGCUUCCUCGCGCUCAGCAAGUAGGAACUCUAGCUUCAUUGCAAGCCGCCCAUCGAGUGCCCACACUCAGAAUGAGCCAGACUAUCCUCUAGACUCCCCGCAGCAGAGAACUCCGAUAACAAUAGACUCCCUCGUUCCCCGGAAUAUUGCGGCAUCUCCGCGAUUCGAGCUACAGUCUCACGAUAACCAGCUAAGGGGAUCCAUUGCAACGCAGAAUGAUAGAUUGCACAAUGAUCUGAGAAAUCUUAUCAAGCAGAAGCUAAUUGGGAUGUCUGAGCCGGCCAGUUCAGGCCAGAUAGGCAGCAAGGAAGAGGCCUUCAACGGAGCUGACUGUGAGCAGAGAGCACUACGGUCUCCUGUUGAUCUAAGGCAGCUGAAGGGGGUAUACUCAAAGAACUAUGAGCAUAUACACGGAAAUGUGAUGAUUUCUGCCGGAGAAAAACGCUAUAAGGUCGUAGGCUACUCUCAGAAGUAG